UUCUUCUAUUACUAUCAAUGUUUUGUUCCAUAGAUAUGGUAUGAAUUGCCUUAUUCAGUUUGAAGAUUUUGCCAAUGUGAAUGCAUUUCGUCUCCUGAACAAGUAUCGAAACCAGUAUUGCACAUUCAAUGAUGAUAUUCAAGGAACAGCAUCUGUUGCAGUUGCAGGUCUCCUUGCAGCUCUUCGAAUAACCAAGAACAAACUGUCUGAUCAAACAGUGCUAUUCCAAGGAGCUGGAGAGGCUGCCUUAGGGAUUGCACAUCUGAUUGUGAUGGCCAUGGAAAAAGAAGGCUUACCAAAAGAGAAGGCCAUCAAAAAGAUAUGGCUUGUUGACUCAAAAGGAUUAAUAGUUAAGGUAAGAAUCUCUCAGUUUUAAACGGAAGAGAAAUGAGUACGCCAUUCUGAUGACCAUUUCAAAUACUACUUCUAUUUCAACCCCCCCUUUACAAAUGUGUUAAGAAUGGCCAUUUCAUAGGAAUAUUCAUGUCAUACAGUAAUAUUGAUUCAACUGACUCAGGAAUACAUUGUAUCUGUGUGAUGGGGGUAGGCUCCAUACAGUCAUGAACUGCUAGUGCUCUUGAAUUACUUUAGCUUUCAGCUGAGGCAGUUUGAUACUGAUACAGAUGAAACUCCCAAGUAUGGCACCUUUUAUUAAGAGCUAUCUGUCAGAUUGUACACUUUCUAGAAAAGAAGGAAGAAAACGGAGAUAGCUAUUUUUUUUUUUUACCUGCUAAAAACAAAGUCUUGGGAGUUUGAAAGGAAAUUCCUGAAAUAAGGACUUGUUUGAAUGUUAACAUACUUGAACCUCUGUUUGCCUAGCUUUGGUGGAGAUAAUAGUGCCCAGUUCUUAGGGGUUUUGUGAGAACUAAAUUAGAAUAGAAAUGUGACCAUGUCACCAAAAAGUUAUAUGCCACAUGUGCAUAUCAAAAACUCUUCUUCAAACUGCUAGAAAAAAGGCAUACAAAUCCCCUUCCUGUGUGAAGAUGAAUUUUAAGGAGUAACCAGUGAUAACCAAUGUCUUCUAGAAUUUAAUGUAGAAAUAAAUGUGAAUGUGUACAAAUGCUCUGAAAAGAUGUUUUAUGUGUAUGUAGGGCAAUUAAAAGUUUAUGCUUCUGAGACAAUAGUUUCCAUUCUAAGUAUCUUUCCUGUAGAUGAUGCUAUGACAGUAUUAUUUAUAAUAUUGAGAGUUUCUCACACAAUAAAUAUAACAGUGAUAUGUUACCUAAAUAAAGAAUAAUUAUUAAAUAAAUUGUGGACUUGGCCGGCGCCGCGGCUCACUAGGCUAAUCCUCCGCCUAGAGGCGCCGGCACACCGGGUUCUAGUCCUGGUUGGGGCACCAGAUUCUGUCCUGGUUGCCCCUCUUCCAGGCCAGCUCUCUGCUGUGGCCAGGGAGUGCAGUGGAGGAUGGCCCAGGUACUUGGGCCCUGCACCCCAUGGGAGACCAGGAAAAGCACCUGGCUCCUGGCUCCUGCCAUCGGAUCAGCGCGGUGCGCCGGCCGCAGCGCGCCAGCCACGGCGGCCAUUGGAGGGUGAACCAACGGUAAAGGAAGACCUUUCUCUCUGUCUCUCUCUCUCACUGUCCACUCUGCCUGUCAAAAAAUAAAAAAUAAAAAAUAAAAAUAAAUUGUGGACUAGUCAUAUGAGUACAGUAUUUAGGCUUAAAAUUGUUUUCAAAGAACAAUAAAUGACACACUACAGGAUUAAUAAUAUGAAUAAAAAUCUCUAAAGUGUUAUAUUAUAAUUUUAUUUAAAAACAUAGUUGUAUUUAAAAGGUAUAGAGGACAUA